AUGAAUUCGUCCCAGUCUAAUCCAAGCAGUGAUGCAUGGGUCCCCCCCCCGGAUUCUCGUGCAUACAUUCUUACUCCAAUAUUAAUUGCGGUGAUGACGAUUUCCAGCUUGCUUGUUCUUUUACGGUUGAUCACGAGAGUAUUCUUGGUCAAAACGCUAGGAAUUGAUGACCUGUUAUCAGUUGCGUCGCUGUCGGCUAACAUGAAGUUAGGCGUUCAAUAUGGGGCAGGAACACAUGUAUAUGAAGUUCCCCCCGUCAAGCUUCCACAUUUUCUCAGCCUAGUGACCACGUCUGAGCUACUCUUCGUUUUCUCGCUCUGCAUGGUUCGAUUCUCCAACCUUGCAUUUAUCGCUCGAUUGAGCAGCGAUAAAUGGUUUGUCAGGGGUAUCUAUGCAGUUGGGUUCCUGGUGUCUUCAAUCACCCUAAUUGCGGUUGCCUUCGUCCUGUCCAAGUGCAAAGAUGUGAGAGACCUGUGGAAUAUCGAAAAUCCCAACCGAGAAUGCAAGUCGUUCAAUGCGGAGUUUUCAGUCAUGAUCUUCCACGCCGGGAUGGGGAUCCUUAUUGACGCGAGCAUCUUGGCGCUACCCAUCUGGAUCGUCUUCCGAAAAAUGAAAUUCUCGCCCAAGAUGGUUCGGGUUGUUCUCAUUUUUUGCGUUGGCGCUCUAUCUAUCAUUGCAGGGGUUUUGAGACUCAACUAUUCCCUCCUCAAUGUCGACGCUGAUAUGUACGUGUACACCCUCCAGCUCUCUAGCGACCUCAAUAUAGAAACUAUAAUCACUUACAAUAUUGGUGUCAUGACUCUAUGGGGUGGUAUUGAGGGGCACCUUGGGCUCUGGACAGCGUGCUUCCCUGCUUUACAGCCCCUUUUCCGACUGGCUGGCGUAAAAUUGGGGAUUUCGAGGAGAACCCAAACCUCGAAGGAAACACACAAGAGCUAUGGGAAGCCAUAA